CAAAACCCUAAACCCCUUUUAAGAUUCUGUUCUGCGCAGUUCGUUCUCGGUUGUCGCUCGAAUUCAGCCAUGGCGGAGAUCAAAUUCUCAGAGAUGCGUGACUUGACGCGAAUUGAAAGAAUUGGGGCGCAUUCGCACAUCCGUGGUUUGGGUCUCGACAGCGCGCUGGAGGCUCGUUCCUCCUCCGAGGGCAUGGUGGGACAGGCUUCGGCCCGAAAGGGUGCGGGUGUGAUUGUGAAGAUGAUCCAGGAAGGCAAAAUUGCUGGCAGGGCUGUGCUUCUCGCGGGCCAGCCUGGCACGGGGAAAACUGCGAUUGCCAUGGGAAUGGCUAAAUCCCUAGGAGAAGAAACUCCAUUUGCGAUGCUCGCAGGGAGCGAGUUGUUCUCCCUCGAGAUGUCGAAAACCGAGGCGCUAAUGCAGGCGUUCAGGAAAGCAAUUGGGGUUAGAAUCAAGGAAGAAACUGAGGUGAUUGAAGGAGAAGUGGUGGAGCUACAGAUUGACCGGCCGGCGGUAGCGGGAGCGGCUGCCAAGACCGGGAAAUUGACUCUGAAGACGACGGAAAUGGAGACGGUUUAUGAUUUGGGGGCGAAAAUGAUCGAAGCUUUGGGGAAGCAGAAAGUGCAGAGUGGUGAUGUGAUUGGUAUUGAUAAGGCGUCUGGGAAGAUCACAAAGCUUGGGAGGUCUUUCUCUAGGUCUAGAGAUUACGACGCCAUGGGACCUCAGACGAAGUUCGUUCAGUGCCCUGAUGGUGAGCUGCAAAAGAGGAAAGAAAUUGUGCAUUGCGUUACACUCCACGAGAUCGAUGUUAUCAACAGCAGAACUCAGGGAUUUCUGGCCCUAUUCACUGGGGACACCGGCGAGAUUCAUUCUGAAGUAAGGGAACAAAUCGACACCAAGGUAGCUGAGUGGAGGGAAGAAGGAAAAGCCGAAAUAGUCCCCGGCGUACUUUUCAUCGACGAAGUCCACAUGCUCGACAUCGAAUGCUUUUCUUUCCUGAACCGCGCACUGGAGAACGACCUUGCGCCCAUACUGGUCGUCGCCACCAACCGAGGAAUCACCUCCAUCAGAGGAACAAAUUACCGAUCCCCUCAUGGCAUUCCGAUAGACUUUCUUGAUCGAUUGCUGAUCAUCUCCACGCAACCCUACACGUCGGACGACAUUCGCAAGAUCUUGGACAUCAGAUGCCAAGAGGAGGACGUGGAAAUGACGGAGGACGCGAAGAUACUCUUGACUAAGAUCGGAGAAGACACGUCGUUGAGAUACGCCAUAAACCUCAUCACAUCCGCCGCGUUGGCGUGCCAAAAACGGAAGGGUAAGACGGUGGAGAUGGAAGAUGUUAGCCGGGUUUAUGAGCUGUUUUACGACGUGAAGAGAUCUACGCAGUAUUUGAUGGAGUAUCAAAGCCUGUAUAUGUUCAGCGAAGUCCCGGCUGGAGUCGACGAUGAAGACGGCGCUGCCGCCGCCGCUGGCGACGACAGUAUGGUGUCCUGAAUGGUUGCUGAAUUUGGAGGUAGAAUUGGGACAUUCUGUUGGUUUUUCUGCAGAUUUUUUAUUUUCUUGGUUAAGUUAUUUGUGUUGUGGUUUUAGAUUAAUUGAUCUGUGACAAUGUUAUACUUAUGUUUUGUGCUAUGGUAUGGUAACCAGAAAAUUAAACUUUUGUUUAUUUA